AUGCUCACCAUCGGGACGAUACUCUAUGUCAUCCUGCUUCUCAUUAACGCUAUGGCGGUUCUAAGCGAAGACCGAUUCCUGGCCAGAAUCGGAUGGGGCUCUGCGCAAGCGCAAACUGCGAACACGGGCUUCAACGGAGGAGCAUACGCCCAGUCCUAUCAGCAAAAUCCUUACGCCGGCCAAGAUGCUGGGGUCAAGGCGAGACUAAUCAAUCUCAUUGGUGCCGUUCGGACGCUCAUGCGGAUGCCUUUAAUCGUGUUCAACCUCGUCGUUAUGGCAUACGAGAUAUUCAUCCCAUAA